CUGGACAAACCCCUGCCAACCAUCAGAAAGGGCCAUCAUCCUUGGAUUCUGAGUGCAGAGCAGAUGCUGCAGCCAAAGAUGCCGGCCCCCCAGGCUCUCACCCCAAGAACGCCCACUAAAUGAGACCACCCUCCCAACUUCUUCUGCAGAACUCAGGAGGGAAAAGCAGAUGUGAAGUCCCUCAUGGCGAAGUUCAACUCUGGGAGCAACCCGACAGAGGAGGUCGUGGGCAAUCACCGGCCCUUCAAAGUCACAACACAAAACUCACCUUCAGGAAUACAAGCAAGAAAGAACUUAUUUGACAACCAGGGAAAUGUCACCCCUCCUGCAGGACCCAGCAACGUGCCCAAGUUUGGAACUUCAAAGCCACCUUUGGCAGUGAAACCUACUUUUGAGGAAAAACCCGAUAAGGAGCCCAAACCUCCUUUUUCAAAGCCUACUGGAGUGGGCCAAACAUUCGGAACACCAGCAAACUCUACCACCAGAGACCCUGAUAUAAAAGUGGGAUUUCCAAAACCUGGAGGCCUCAAGCCCAUAAAUUUGCCCAAAGAAGAUUCCAAACCUGUGUUUCCCAGGGCUCCUGGGAAUAAGCCAUCACUACACAGUAUGAACCAAGACCAAGAUGUAAAGACGCCAGGCCCAAAGCCUGGGCCUACUCCUCCAGCCCUGGAAAAUGAACAGAGGCAAGCAUUCCCCAAGUUGGCUGGGCCUAAAGGCAAGUUCAUGUCAGCCACACAAGAUCAUGAUGCUAAACCCCUCUUCCCUAAACCCCUCAUUGGCCAGAAGCCAGCCCUGAGCACUGAGAACUCCUAUGAAGAUGAGAGCCUCACUAAGAAUGCAUUUGCCCAGAAAGGAUCUCCUACACCCCUGGGAGCCUGGUCCAAAGGAGGUGCUUUAAAACCAACAAAGGAGGACCCUGAAAAUAAGGGCCAUGGAGGUGAUACAUCAAGUUCUCCAUUUGCGGGAGUGGUUUUGAAAUCUGCUGGAAGCCGAGGAAGCCCAGGCCUCCCAAGAAAUGGUAAAGAAAAUAAAGAACAUAGGAAGAUAGAUGCUGCUAAAAACAUCUUCCUCGCCAAAAUGAAUCAAGAGGAGUCAACCCCGGGGACUACUCCCACCAAAUUCCCUAGAGCUCCUUCCAAGUUGACAGUGGGGGGUCCCUGGGGCCAAAAUCAAGAGAAAGAAAAGGAAGACAAAAGUCUAGCAGUCCCAAAGCAGAAACCAUUGCCUCCUUUGUCUACCUUGGGUCCACCUCCACCAAAACCCAGCAGACCACCCCAUGUUGACCUGACGAAAUUCCGAAAAGCUGAUUCUGCAAACAGUGCCAGCAGAAGCCAGACAUCUUACCCUACAACCUCCCUGCCACCAACUCCAUCAUCCCAGCGACCCAGCCAACCUCCACUGCCAGCUUCUCACCCGUCACAGCCUCCAGCUCCAAGCUUACCUCCCAGAAACAUUAAGCCUGCCUUUGACCCAAAAAUCCCUGUAAAUGAAGAAAAUCAAGAUAAUGUCAUGCACUCUGAUGGUACUGGAAAUCUAGAGGAGGAACAAGAGAGUGAAGGAGAAACAUAUGAAGACAUAGAGGCCUCCAAAGAACGAGACAAGAAACGGGAAAAGGAGGAAAAGAAGAGAUUAGAGCUGGAAAGAAAGGAACAGAAAGAGAAAGAGAAGAAAGAACAAGAAUUAAAGAAAAAAUUUAAAUUAACCGGCCCUAUUCAAGUCAUCCAUCAGGCAAAAGCUUGCUGUGAUGUCAAAGGAGGAAAGAAUGAACUGAGCUUCAAGCAAGGAGAGGCCAUUGAAAUAAUCCGUAUCACUGACAACCCCGAAGGAAAAUGGUUGGGCAGAACAGCAAGGGGGUCUUAUGGCUAUAUUAAAACAACUGCUGUAAAGAUCGAUUAUGAUUCUUUGAAAAGAAAAAAAUCCUCUUUCACCACUCUUUCCUCAAGACCUGUUGAAGAUGACCAAGAAGUAUAUGAUGAUGUUGCUGAGCAGGACGCUAGUCACAGUCAAAGUCAGAGUGGAAGUGCAGAAGGAGUGUUCCCACCACCACCAGAUGACAUUUAUGAUGGGAUAGAGGAGGAAGAUGCUAAUGAUGGCUCCACGCUACAGGUUGAAGAGAAGAGUAGCACGUGGUCCUGGGGAAUUUUGAAGAUGUUAAAGGGAAAAGAUGACAAAAAGAAAAGUAUACGAGAGAAACGUAAAGUCUCUGAGUCAGACAAUAAUGAAGGUUCAUCUUUCCCUUCUCCUGCUAAACAAUUGGAAGUGGGAGAAGAAGUGUACGAUGACGUGGAUGCCUCUGACUUCCCUGCUCCACCAGCAGAGAUGAGUUAUGGAAUCAAUACUGGAAAGACCAAGACAGAAGACAAAGAUCCUAAGAAACUGAAAAAGCAAGAGAAAGAAGAAAAAGACUUCAGGAAAAAAUUUAAAUAUGAUGGUGAAAUUAGAGUUCUCUAUUCAACCAAAGUUUCAUCUUCAUUACCUUCUAAAAAGUGGGGGACUAGAGAUCUACAGGUAAAACCUGGUGAAGCUCUUGAAGUUAUACAAAACACAGAUGACACAAAAGUUCUCUGCAGGAACGAAGAAGGAAAAUAUGGUUAUGUACUUCGGAGUCAUCUGGUAGACAAUGAGGGAGAGAUCUACGAUGAUAUUGCUGAUGGUUGCAUCUAUGACAAUGACUAGCUGUCAGCUCUGUUCAUUCUGCUGUGUAUAUUGUUGUUCAUGAAGUUUAACUUCUACAUGGAACACAUAAUUGGACAUCACAGACAAAUGAAUGCACAGAAAUACUUAUGACCAUUCAUUACAAAAUUCUUAUUUUCUUUAUAAAGUUUUGAAAAUUUGAACUUAAAAGCCUUUCUACUUAAAUAUCAAAGGACUGCAUCAGAUAUAAGAAUUAUUAAAUUUCUGCUUUGGCUGCAAUAAAGGCAUUUGCUUUUAGACUAUCAA